AUGAAUUUACUUGUUCCCAACGUCAACAUAGGGAUCAAUGAUGUAUAUGACAUGAAAUCGAACCAUGUCCGAUACAAUAAACUUCUAGCUUGUAUGGGAGAAGUGAUAAAAACUAUGGACGAGUUUACACCACCAGCACAACUUAAUGUUGUGAGAAAGUCAGUCUUCAAAGCUAUUGAACAAGGGCAUGUUGAAUUUGUUACUCAUAUGUGUGAAGCAAAUCCAACACUCGUCGUGGAUAUCCUUGAUGAAGAUGACAAGAGUAUAUUUCAAUAUGCCAUUGAAUGUCGUCAAGAAAAAAUUUACAAUCUUAUGUAUGGGUUGAAGCGAAAAAAGAUAGAGAAGAUUGCACAUCGUGUGGCAAAGUUUAAUAACAAUAUGCUGCAUAGUGUAGGAAACUUAUCCCCACUUCCGCCUAUUAACCAUAUUCAAGGUGCAAGUUUACAAAUGCAAAAAGAACUACAAUGGUUCGAGGAGGUGAAGAGAAUUCUACCUACUGAAAUGCAUGAAUAUGUCAAUACUUCAAAUUUGACAGCACGUGAACUAUUUACCAAGAGUCAUAAGAAAUUAAAGGAUGAAGCAGAAAUAGCCAUGAAAGGGAUUGCAGCUUCUUCUACAACUGUAGGUGCUCUGAUUGUUACUAUGAUGUUUGCUGUAGCAUUCACAGCUCCUGGCGGAACUGAUAGUAACACCGGUCUUCCAAUGUUUAUGCAUAAAAAGUUGUUCAAGAUUUUUCUACUCUCAGAUACAAUAUCACUCAUUUCUUCUGCAACUUCGGUAAUUACGUUCUUGGGGCUUCUCACGUCAACUUAUGCAGAAGACGAUUUCCUUUGGUUCCUACCUACGAAUUUGAUGAUAGGCCUUUCUGCUCUCUUUAUCUCUAUUGUUGCCAUGAUGAUCACGUUUUCUUGUGCCCUUACCAUUAUGUUUGAUGGAGAAGCAAAGAUGAUAAUUCCGGUCAUUGUGUUAGCAACUGUUCCCGUCGUGUCAUUUGCAAUUUUUUUAUUCCCCCUCCUUUUUGAGAUUUGCAGAUGCACUUAUGGACCUUCGAUGUUUGGUAAGAAAGCGGGCAUAAAACAUUCGAUCUUUGGUAAGAAAGCGGGCACAGAACAUUGA